GCAGGUCUUUCCUUGGGAAGGCAGUGAAGCGGGGAAGCAGGGGCUGUGCGCACGGAGAUUUCGUACAUGAUUUUCAGGAUCGGGCUGGUUUGUCGUGCUCUAGUAUAAGGACCCUGGACCCGAGGAUGGCUUUGAGCUCCCGGGCUCACGCUUUCUCAGUGGAAGUCUUGGUCGGGAACCCAUCAAAGAGGAAAAUUGAGGAUUGUAAAGAGGAAAAACGUACUAACGAUACUUUGGAGCAGGAAGAAGAAAAUGUUCCAUGUGCAAAGAUUGAAGCAGAUGAACUUGGAAAACGAAGUAAACUGGACUCUUUAAUUCGGAAAUCCCCCGGGGUUGAAAAGUCUGGUUCUGAGAACGAUAUUCAAGUAGGAUUACAGGGCUCGGACCUGUGGAAGAGAUUUCACGAGAUUGGAACAGAGAUGAUCAUUACGAAAGCCGGGAGGAGGAUGUUCCCUUCUGUGCGAGUGAAGGCGAAGGAACUGGAUCCCUUUAAACAGUAUUACAUAGCAAUGGACAUUGUCCCUGUGGAUUCCAAAAGAUACAGGUACGUGUACCAUAGUUCGCAGUGGAUGGUAGCGGGCAACACCGACCACUCCUGUGUAACGCCCAGGCUGUAUAUCCACCCAGACUCUCCGUGCUCUGGGGAGACUUGGAUGAGGCAGGUCAUCAGCUUCGACCGGGUUAAACUCACCAACAACGAGAUGGACGACAAGGGCCAUAUCAUUCUGCAGUCCAUGCACAAGUAUACUCCGCGGGUCCACGUUAUCCUGCACGAUCCCAGGUUCGACUUGUCCCAGAUUCAGUCUCUGCCAGCUGAGGGCGUGACGACAUUCUCCUUCAGAGAGACAGAAUUCACCACCGUCACCGCCUACCAAAAUCAGCAGAUCACUAAACUAAAAAUAGACAGGAAUCCCUUUGCCAAGGGUUUCAGAGAUCCUGGAAGAAACAGGGGUGUACUUGAUGGUAUCCUGGACACCUAUCCCUGGAGGUCCCCUCUGAGGUUUGACUUCAAGCCUUUUGAUGUGGAGACCCAAGGAGGAAGCUCAAGUUCCCCCUCCAGCUGUGGGACCCUUUCCCCUCUGAAUGGGCUGCUCUCUCCCUCCUGCUCUCCUCCAUCUUUUCUGCUGUCUCGCAGCUCUUUCGGGCUGCCCUGCUCAGACAGCCUGGGUCUACCCCUCUGCUACAAGAUGUGUUCCCCCACGAGCAGGGUAAGGACCCGGCCUUUCAGCCUGCCUGGCCACGACAGGCUAAAUGGCAGCAGCUCCCCAGGGUUGCCAGCGCUGAACGACUUCCCCUUCCUGUCUUCACUGGGCAUCACAGCAAUGCGGAGCGGGAAGGGAGGGGAGUGUAAGGGGCAGUGUCUCCAGGGCUCUCCAGGCUCUCCGCACCAGCCUCAUCUACACAGGGUGCACCCGUCAAGCAACCUGGUUCUCCCUCCCUUGCCUCUCCAGCACAUCCCUGCUCCCCUGCCCUCUCUCUACAAUCUCUACGGCUACAACCUGCCAGUGGCAUCAAGGCUAGCCGACAUGACAAGACAUUUUAAACUUGCCGAGAACAGUUCUGCUUCUUCCAGAGAUGAACGAUUUGCUCAGGUGUCUUGGCACUCCACAGUCGACCACUGUCUUUGAGAGGUAUUCCAGGAACU